UAAUUCCAGUCAUGUGAGUGAACCAUUUGGCGGGAAAUCUCAAGAUAUUAAAACAAGUCGCCAGAGUAGAGGGCGCUUUUCAACCAUCACGGCAACAGCAUCUACAGAAGAGGAAGAGAUUAUGAGCGAGAUCAAGAUCCAGGCAGCAGACAUGCCUGCUGACAUGCAGCGCAAAGCUUUGGCAAGAGCCACACAAGCCAUCAAAGUCUACACCACAGAGAAACUCAUAGCCGAAAGUAUCAAACAGGAUUUCGAUUCCCUCUACAACCCCACGUGGCACUGCAUUGUGGGGCGCAACUGGGGCAGCUGCGUGACACACUCGAAACAAUGUUACAUUCGGCUAGCAUACCGAGAUAUGACGGUCCUUCUAUACCGAUCAACUUGA